CGCAGGUGCCGCUAGUAGGUGCAAAUCUGACGGUAAAUCUUUUUUGCCUUCUCAAAUCGAUUUGUAGCGUGUUUGCUCGGGCAGGUUGUUGGUCUGUGAUAUUCAAUGCAUGUCACAUUACGCAUGAAGAGGAGUACAGCUGCUUUGCUCUCAAGCCUUUAUAAUGCAAUUUCAUUGCAUUAUGAUUACUUUUGGUACUUAUCUGAAACUUCAGCAUAUCAGCAUGUAAGUGCACCGAGCGGCAGUGUCGUUCAUGUCGUUCACAUUCACAGUCAAGAGAAGAGGUGCGAUUGCGCUCCAAGAAUAAAAGACCAUGUUGAUAGAUGUAGAAUGCCAUGGUUUCUAACCGGCAAGAUGCGGCAACCGUAGCACUAAGACGGAAAGCAAAAUGAAUUGAUGAACCGGCCGCUUGCAAUUAUGUCCUCCGUAAGAAAGAUGUAUGAAAUUCGCCCACAAUGAAUAGCCAGUAUGGUACCAGCAGAAUGCG